GGCACGUUGCUAUUCGCGCGCGGCCACGACCUCCGCUUCAUCUUUACCGAGAUAGCAUCUACAGUCCCCGGCGAGGGUGCGAGUGAUGCCGCUACUCGGCAGCAUUAUGACCAUCGCCGUUGAUAGUCCGACAACGGCGUCCACGAGCGUCUUCGAGGGGAACAUGACGUGGUCUCGACCAAUCAGUGGUGGCUCUACGUUUUCGAGUAACGAGGCCCACCCGACACGUGCGAUCCCGUACGGUGAGCGUCAGGCCGUGGCAGCUACCAGCGAUCGUGUUAAUCGCCUCCACAGUGGCGGAGGUGCAGAGACAGAAGCGAGCGAAAACGCUGCUAGAAACAACGAAAAAUACACCGAGGGCGGCGAGCGUGGCAUUGCAACGAAGAGAAAGGGCGACGUGGCAGCAAGAAAGGAAGCUUCCCACCAUUGCGGCCAGACUUCAGAAAGUCGAGUUUGUGGCAGGAACACCGUAGGCGCGACAAAGAGUGGGGAAACUGCAUUUACUGGCGAAGAAAACGUGGCAGGGAUAGGCACUGGAGGUGGCGGCGGUGAACAAAGUGUCGACGGCAUAGGCAGUACUAACGAUAGUGUAAGUGUGAGUACAGGUAUAUCGAAUAGCACGGAGGAGGGAGUCGCGAUCGAAUACGGGAAGGGUCUGUUGCUCUUCGGUUUUAGCGACACGAUGGAGGACAUGAUCGGUUCGUUCAAUGACUCGUUCAACAUGAGUCACCGUCAUCCUUGGAACCUUAGCUUGUAUAACGAUACUUUGAUCGUUCUGGGUGAGAGUCUGUAUCCGUCGGGAUAUACCCUUCCGCACAUUGUACUUGCGUCUAUCCUGGCGACGAUGCUGAUGAUCGUGAUUGUCGUGGGAAAUAUGCUAGUGAUAAUCGCCAUCGCCACGGAAAAGGCGCUCAAGAACAUACAGAAUUGGUUUAUAGCCAGCCUCGCGGUAGCGGACUUCUUUCUCGGCCUCGUGAUCAUGCCAUUCUCGCUCGCUAACGAAAUCAUGGGCUACUGGAUCUUCGGAUAUUGGUGGUGUGACAUUUAUUCCGCCAUGGACGUGCUGCUGUGUACAGCCAGUAUUAUGAAUCUGUGCCUCAUCAGCCUGGACAGAUUUUGGAGCAUCACCCAAGCGGUCGACUACCUGAAGAAAAGAACGCCGGCUAGAGCGGCGCUCAUGAUCGCUCUCGUCUGGCUGUUAUCGGCGCUCGUUUGUAUACCUCCGUUACUCGGGUGGAAAAGACCCACUCCGGAAGAAGAGUAUCCCAAGUGCGAGGUGAGUCGACAUUUUAUUAAACAACGAACUGUUACUUAUCAAUUUUAAUUAUACAUUAUAAUAUUAAUCGUUAUAUCUCAGAGUAUUUAAUUUGAGCGAUAAGUAGUGCUUAGUCGUAAGCCAAUAUCGCACGUAGAUGUUGCGUAAGAGUUAUAUGGAAUUACAUAAAUCGCUAUAUUGGAAACAUAGAGAAUAUAUCGGCAUAUCGGAUUAAGUUUCUCUAAUGAAUCGGAAAACUGAAGUCUCGGCAAAGGUUGACGAACGUCACUUACAGUUCUAAUCGUUUAUUUGUCUUUUUUCGUUAUUAAGUUAU